UAUCAAACGCAAACUGUCAGCGCCAAGGUAAAUGUCAGCGGUCAUCAGACACCCAGUAGACACGAGCCGGAGACACCAAGGAGACCCAGCCGGAAGACAAGCUCAAGAAGCCCAUCGACCGUGACCGCAGAAGGAGAGGCGAGAAGCCCCUCCUGACCGACGACUUCAGGCGUCUCGUCGAGCCAAUGAAGACACCAUUUGGGCCAUCUGUUUGCUGUGUGCAGUGAUGCUGAGUACCUGAAUCUGGUCAAGUUCAAGAAUAUGACUGACGACCCCUACUUGGCCACGGCGAACUCGAGGGCUGUUUCUUGCUGCUUAUCAUUGGUCUUGUCGGGCCCGUAUCGAGGCGACCGAGGUACGCCUCAUUCGGAUCGAAUUAUGACAAACACAUUAAGCUGACAUUAUGUGUUCAGAAGGAGUUCAACGACACGAAGAAACAGCCAAUGCUCCGACGGCAUUCUGCCCCACAGGUAUGCACACGGUCACGUUAUUUUCCCCCCUUGUCAUGCCAUCCCCUCGUCUUCUUGCCAUUUCUAGGCCAUCCUAUCCAAGCGGUUAGUUGAUCGGGCUCUGACUCUCUGUCGCAUACACACUGUGUCUCUACGUGUUAUGUGUGUCUCAGUUGGUGCUGACGGCACUGUCGAAAUAUCGCCGGCAGCCCGUUACUGCAUCAAAGAAGCCGAUAUUAUCGUGGCCCUCUACAAGGGCAUCACUAAACUCCUCAAGGCCAAGGAAGACAAACUCGCCAAGAAGGCCACCAUCGACGGCAGCAUCGAGACGGGCACGCCACUCCUGGCCCAGCAUACCUCUCGUCGGCGAAGUGGUGAGCUUCUUCCAGAUUGAGAGGGUGGAGGGGGGAGGGGAUAGGGCGGUCCACCUAGAGAGCAAGAAAAGGGCCACCCA